AUGCAAAGCGAAAUCAUGUCACACGACGGUGCCAUACCUCUGCUACACUGCGCCGUUGGACGCGGUCACAUUGAGACUGUCAACAAACUGCUCAGAGCAGGCGCUGACAUUGAUGCAAGAGCAGGCAAUGGUGAAACGGCUCUGCACAUUGCCGCUCAGUUUGGUCGCAUGACAAUUACUGCAAUGCUCCUUGCAAGCGGUGCGAAGAUUAAGGCGAAGGACAAUGAAGGCCAUACACCGCGACAUUUGGCUCAAGAGAAGGGACCUAGUAAUUUCGAGUGCCUGUUCGACUUAGCCUGGCCACGUGAGAUUCAGAGUCGAGAGAAAAUACCGGUCAUCCCUGACAUCACACCCGAGAGCCACUCCACCAAGAGCCCUUACUCCUUCACAAAAGCUUUCAGGAAGUUUCAUCGUCAAUUGUACAAAGGCUUUCCAAAUUCGAAAAAUAACUGGUUUUGCUAG